GAGGCCCAGCAUGCCCUGCGAGUGCUGCAAGAUGGCGGCGCCCAUGCUGAGACUCUUGGGCCGCAUGCCCCAGUCGGGGGUCUGGCCGCGCGGGCUGCGCGGGGUGCGCCCGGGCGCGCGGGGAGUGCUGGCGGCGCCAAGGGCCCGGGGCCUGUUCAAGGAGUUCUUCCCCGAGAGCGGCACGAAGACCGAGCUCCCCGAACUCUUCGACCGCCGCAGGGCGGGCUCGUCGCCCCAGACAGUGUACUGCGGUUUCGAUCCCACGGGCGAUUCGCUCCACGUGGGGCACCUGCUAACUUUGUUGGGUCUGUUCCACUUUCAGAGAGCCGGUCACAACGUGAUCGCGCUCGUGGGGGGCUCCACAGCCCGCCUGGGGGACCCUAGCGGCCGGACCAAGGGCCGCGAGGCGCUGAGCGCGGAGUGCGUGCAGGCCAACGCGCGCGCACUGCGGCAGGGGCUGGCGACCCUGGCUGCCAACCACGCGCAGCUCUUCGCGGACGGGCGGCCCUGGGGCACUUUCACCGUGCUCGACAAUGCCGCCUGGUUCCAGGAGCAGCACCUGGUGGACUUCCUGGCCACAGUGGGCGGCCACUUCCGCAUGGGUACUCUGCUGAGCCGGUUGAGCGUGCAGAGUCGCCUUAAGAGCCCCGAGGGCAUGAGCCUGGCGGAGUUCUUCUACCAGGUGCUCCAGGCCUAUGACUUCUACUACCUCUUCCAGCGCUAUGGAUGCCGGGUCCAGCUGGGCGGAGCAGAUCAGCUGGGCAACAUCAUGUCUGGAUACGAGUUCAUCCACAAGUUGACUGGAGAAGAUGUAUUCGGAAUCACUGUUCCUCUAAUUACAAGUACUACUGGAGCAAAGUUGGGAAAGUCUGCUGGCAACGCCGUUUGGCUAAACAGAGAGAAAACAUCACCAUUUGAACUUUAUCAGUUCUUUGUCAGACAGCAAGAUGAUUGUGUAGAAAGGUACCUGAAGCUCUUCACUUUUCUCCCGCUUCCAGAGAUUGACCACAUUAUGCAGCUGCAUGUUAGAGAACCAGAAAAGCGGGGUGCUCAGAAACGACUUGCUGCAGAAGUAACAAAGCUUGUUCAUGGACAAGAAGGUCUGGACUCUGCUAAAAGGUGUACACAAGCCCUUUACCAUAGCAACAUAGAGGCACUGGAGGUCAUGUCUGACCAAGAGUUAAAAGAAUUGUUUAAAGAAGCUUCAUUUUCUGAAUUAGUUCUCGACCCUGGAACAAGUGUCAUAGAUACUUGCCGAAAAGCAAAUGCCAUUCCAGAUGGCCCCCGAGGGUAUCGGAUGAUAACAGAAGGCGGAGUCAGUAUAAAUCACAGACAGGUCUAUCCAUCUUGCUUCUUGGACUGAUGAAGUACAAUGGAAAUGAAGGAUAUGGAAUUAUACAUUAUGUAAGGUACAGAACACUUACUGAUUUCAGUAGUGUUAUAUAGUUCUAUAAACUAGGCAAGGUUCUAAUCUCUGUUUCGAUGUGAGAAAUCUGUUGGAAACAAAUUUUUUGACUGCUAAGAAGUAAACAGAACAGAGAAACCUUGUCUCAAAAGCCAAAAGAAGAAAAAAAGUAAACAAUUCUUAAAAAGAAGAUGUGCAAUGGUUCUUAAUAGAAACUGUAGUAAUAGUUUUUUCUCAAAACACAAAUCAGUACUAGAUUUCGUUUGUAGUUCAGUUUUCCAUUUCCGUGCCUGUUUCAGUAUCAUCCUAUUUACUCCUAAUUGCCUAUUUUUGUCAGUGGGUUCCUUGGCAGGCAUUUUAAGGAACCAAAGAACAAAAGUGUCUCACCAAGUAUGCAGUUGGGAGAACAACGAUGAAGGAAAUCUUGAGGUCAGACUAGUUCAGGUUUGUAUAUACCAGGAAAGUUAAUUCUCCAGACUGUCGGAAAAGUCAAGAUAGUGCCACGGGGUUGUGCGUAGGGAGCAAGUGCAGCAGAAAGUGUUGAACAGCUUCUGGAAGUCUGCAGCAAAGUGUAGUGUUCACAUUCUGAGCAUUCACCACUGGUGUCUCUCUUCAAUUUGUAGACAUGGAGAUUAACAAGACCUAGAUGGUGACAAUGUAACUGGAAAAUGCCAUAAAACUUCUGUUGCAAUACAAGUUGACUUGUUAGGUUAGGAAGUAGAUCCAGCUGUUUAAAAGAUACAGCUAUUUAAAGCUUUUCCUGAGGCAAGUCUGGAAAAAGUCAUUUACUGGCAAACUUUAAUGUCAUUUCAUACCAGCAGCUUUAUUUACACAGAAAGAACAUACAGUGGUCUUAUAAAUAUGCCAGAGAUUAUCUCCUGUUUCAGAACACAGCUUGGUGUAAAAGCACACAACAGCAGCUUCUUUUUUCUUUGUACAAAGUGUGUAGUGCUAACAAGUACACUAUGGUAGCACAUUUUUAAAGCUAAUAUCUUCCAUUUAAAAUCUAUUUGAAAUGUUGGGUAAAGAUACAUUUCCCCCUUUACAAAUUCAAAAGGCUACAGUGGUAGUCAUCUCUCUUAAGAAAUAAAUAGAUACCUAAUAGUUGGAUGGCAGGGUACUUUUUUAAGAACUAACAUACUUAGGCAGUGUGCACUCACUGUCAAGCUGGUACUAUUAACACAUUAUCAUCAGACUGAAGUGGACCUUUUUGUGUUUGAGAUUAUUAAGUGGGUAUCUUAAACUAAAGAUAACACAUUCUUGUUUUCCUUGCUAAUAAUACUUCAUAAAAUACUUGGCUAUAACCUGAAAAGAAAUUUUAAUAUUUUUGACACUAAUAUAUUACUUAGUUAGAGACAGAACUAGAUACACCAAAGAUUUUCACUUAGGACUGAGAAAGUUUUAAUGCUUAGUUUAAACCAUGAAUUGCCCAGGCAUUUUCAUAGUUUGUAAACAUGACCCUCAACCUCCAAAUACAGUUUAACAGUCUAUAAGCUUUUAGGUGUAUGUGUAUGUCCAAGUAUUUUUCUUGAAGUAACAAAGUUCCACUAGUGGUUUCAUACCGUUAUUCUAAUAUGGAAUUCUUGGUAUGGAACUAAAGUGGCCAUUACUAAUGUGUACAGAGUGGAAUUUUAGGUCCCACCUCACUGUGAGUCUUGGAGCCCAAUGCUUACUCUCAUUUAUAAACUAAGGGAAAUUUAGGUAAUCAUUGGAUCUUUUAGAAAUAAAAUGACUGGCCAUUGUUACCAAGUAAAUUCCCGAUAGUUGUUUUUAAUGCAGGAAGUCAAUUUAUGUCUUCAGGCUUAAUUAUGAAUCAAAGUAUAUUUUAAUUUUUAAUACAAGAGGGCAGUGUAGAGUCAAGUGGAUAAACCAUUAACUACCAGCCUGUUCCUACAUCUUUGAGUCUUUCAGCUCUUACACAUUUUUUAAAAUAGCAAACGUUAUAGAAUUUUGUUUUCUAAGACUAUGAAAAUGAAGGAUAAGUGGAUACAUUGAUUAUGUGAGGAACUUGCCAAGCUCCAUCUUUUAGAGCCCAAUCAGUCUAUAUAAUAGUGCAUGCAUUACAGUCAUGAAAUGUCCUGGAGCUUCUUUCUGGUCUACAGCUGCAGCUUUAAGACUUAAAAAAAAGUUACAUGGGUCAUCAUAUCCACACGCAAGCUGCUUUGUACAACUAGAAUAUCAAUUGUUCUUGUAAGUUUGACUGAAACAGACACAGACUUGAUAUACAUGUAUCACAGGAAACUUUAAAAAUGUGAAUUAAAUGUGAUUUGUAAUGCAGAGUAUACUUUUCAGCUUGUAUACAGCCAGUCUUCACACGAGCAAAUUCAUACACUGCAAUACAUAAGAGUUCAUAAAUAAACUUCUACUCAGGUAGGCAGUAGCUAGCAGGUUCAAGUCAACAAAGUCUGGGUGUUAAACAGUUCUGUUCACCAGAGAUGAGUCUCUCGGAUUUCAGCAAUAAUUUGACUGGCUCCCUGUAGUGCCUGCAUUAAAAGAAAUAAAAAAAUUCAGUUGUGGUGUUAAUCUGAAUUUUGUAAAGAAAUUUCUACAUUUCAAUGCUUAAAAAAAGAAAGGCAGUAUGUUCUUUGAAAUUUGAAUCUAAUCAGGCACCAAUGAGUGGGGUGGGGGACAAGAUCAGAAUGCAAUUUUAAAAUUUUGUAUGUGUAUA